AUGAAGUCUUUCAUUUCCGUCGUUGUCUUUGCUCUCUCGUCCUUGGCUCUUCUCUCGGAGGCCCACAUCUCCUUCCGUUACCCAUGCCCUCGUCGCGGCCCUUACUCCGAGUGCCCCCAGCCCAAGGAUAACGAGUGGGACUUGGUUGACUAUGAUGUCCAGUCGCCUCUUGGAACAUCUAACUCGAUUAGCGACCCCAUUUGCAAGCACUCCAGCUCGUUCGCUGGUAUCCGCCCCACCUUCAAGGCCGGCCAGACCGUUGCCACCAAGAUGGAUGUUGAUGUCAACCACCGCGGUGGAUCCUGCCAAUGGGCCCUGUCGUACGACAACGGCAAAACCUGGGUGGUCAUCCAAGACCAGUUCCGCGACUGCAUGGCCAAUGCCCCUGCCAGCAGUACCUACACCGUCAAUGUGGCCAUCCCCGCCAAUGCCCCCUCGGGUGCCGCCAUCCUCAACUGGAUCUGGAACAACAACGAGGGUAACCGUGAGCUCUACUCGAGCUGUGCCGACGUCGUCAUCCAGGGCUCCAGCGGUGGCUCCCUCUCUGGAGUCGCCCCCCUCUUUGCCAACUAUGGUCCAGGAAGCCCCUUCAUUCCCGAGGCUGCUGUUUCAGGCGGUAACUGGGGCAAGCAAUAUUUUGAUGCCAGAAAGCCCAUCACUGUUACCGUCCCUGCCCAGAAGCUCAAGCGCCAGACAGCUCCUAUUUACUAA